GAUUAUUAGUCAACUCGAAUUGAAAUUGGAUGUCGCAACGUCCGGUCACUGGAAGUAAUAAUUCGCCAACAAUAUGUGGUCUUCCAAUUCAUCUGAUAUUUUCGUUCUCUUUCAUUAGAUCUACCGAGUGUGCCCAAAUCUCUCUCAUACCUUUCAGUCGAAGGUGGGCCUAUUGCCGUCUUUAGACUUAAGCCUGCCGGCGGCGUGGGCAACGGCGACGAUGGCAGCUGAGAGCAAUGCCAGUCCUGGCUGCAUCGAGCACAGGGCGUACGCUCGCGUGGGGCUUCUCGGUAACCCCAGUGACGUCUACUUCGGCCGCACCAUCUCCUUCUCGAUCGGCAACUUCUCGGCCUCCGUUCGCCUUGAGCCAUCGGAGAAUCUCGUCAUCCGCCCGCACCCUAAGCAUGACCUCGUCUCCUUUGAUUCGCUGCGCCAUUUGGUAUCUCGGUUGCAAAAUGAAGGAUAUUAUGGAGGCGUGCGCUUACUGAUGGCAAUCUGCAAUGUUUUCUAUAGAUACUGCUCUGAUAAAAAUAUUAAGCUAAAGGAGGGAAAUUUUACAUUGUCCUAUGAGACAAAUAUUCCUCGCCAGGCAGGACUUUCAGGUUCAAGCGCCAUUGUGUGUGCUGCUCUAAACUGCCUCCUUGACUUUUAUAAAGUCAGACAUCUUGUAAGAGUUCAAAUUAGGCCUGAUCUCAUUCUUAGUGCUGAGAGGGAGCUUGGAAUAAUUGCUGGUCUCCAGGAUAGAGUAGCACAGGUUUAUGGGGGUCUUGUUUACAUGGAUUUUAGCAAGGAAAAUAUGGAUAAGCUGGGGCAUGGUGUGUACAUUCCCAUGGACAUCAAACUUCUUCCUCCUCUCCACCUAAUUUAUGCUGAAAAUCCAAGUGACUCUGGGAAGGUGCAUAACACAGUCCGCCGGAGGUGGCUAGAUGGCGAUAAAUUUAUAAUAUCAUCAAUGGAAAAAGUUGCAAAAAUAGCACUAGAUGGUCGUGAAGCUUUGACAAAAAGGAACCACUCUGAACUUGCAAAACUAAUGGAUAGUAAUUUUGAUCUUCGAAGGAAAAUGUUUGGAGAUGAAGUGCUUGGUGCUCUAAAUAUACAGAUGAUUGAGACAGCUAGAAGUGUAGGUGCUGCUGCAAAGUUUACAGGAAGCGGUGGUGCUGUGGUGGCAUUCUGCCCUAAAGGGCCGGAACAAGUCAAGCUUCUUGAGGAUGCUUGCCUGAAGGCUGGUUUUCUCGUGCAGCCCAUUUUAGUUGUCCCCUCUGUUCUUGCAGACGAGGAUCUGGCGAUGAUAUCUUGCUGAUAGCGUCUUGUCAGCUAAUAUUUUUUAGUAUUUUUGCUUUGCUUUGAAGUCUUAAGGUUUGCUUGGGAUUAUUUUUUUUAAAUACAUAUUUAUUUAAUACAUUUGUAACUAUUUUUUAUUUUUAAAACAAAUUUAAUUAUUUUUAAAACACGAAAAAUAACUUGAUCAGGUCAACCCCAUGUUGGUCCUGAUAUACACUAGCACAGCUUCAGUCACGUUUUUUUUGGCCGCAUCUUCGUUGAGACGUAACACAUUUUGUUGAACGUUGUUCGAUUUGUUUGACGUAGAAGGCCGUGGUUCAAAAUACAUGAUUGUAUUUUCCUCUA